CCACCAAAAAAUUUUUCGUCCGCACUUCAUUCGUAAAGUUUUAAUCGUCAAAAACUUGUUUCAGUUUUGCCGACCAACUUUUUUUUUCGUGGACUAUUUCUCUUUUUUCUUCUAAGAAAAAUGAGAAACUACGUUAGAAAAACUGACAGAGUAAAGGUCCCAUCUGAUGUAAUUGACAGAGCAGUUGCAAAGGUGUUGGACGAGGGAAAAUCAGUUUAUAUUGUGGCUAUUCUUUUUAACAUUCCAAGAAGAAGUCUUACAAGAUAUGUUGAAAACAAGAAGAAGUCAGGAUUAGAAGAACAAAACAGGCCUAAUAGUGUUUCUCCAACCCAUCAUGGGUAUUCAUCUGCGCGCCAGGUUUUCAACAAGGAAGAUGAGGCUCUGCUAGCUGAUUACCUUCAUCGUUCAGCAGAUAUUUACUUUGGAUUGUCCCCAAUUGAUGUUAGAAAGCUGGCUUAUAAUGUUGCCACAAAGAGAAAUCUAAAAAUCCCACCUUCGUGGACUGAAAAACUUUCAGCUGGACCAGACUGGUUUGCAUCUUUCAUGAAACGCCAUCCUACUCUGGCAAUAAGAAAACCUGAGGCUACUUCCCUGGCAAGAACCUCAUCAUUUAACAUCCACAAUUGUGAUUUGUUCUUUGACAAUUAUGAAAGAUUGUUGGUGAGAGAAAAAAUUGGGCUUGAAUGCGUCUGGAACAUGGACGAAGUUGGUGUUACUACAGUUUCAACACCUGAAAAGAUCGUAGGUCGAAAAGGCCAGAAACAAAUAGAAUCAAUUGUUUCAGGAGAGAGAGGGGUGUUGGUUACGGUUUGUUGUGCAGUUUCCAGCUACGGCAAUACUAUUCCACCCUUCUUUGUCUUUCCUCGAGUAAAUUUCAAGCAUCAUUUUCUCGUAGGGGGGCCUCUAGGUUGCGACGGUACAACCAACAAAGCAGGUUGGAUGAAUGAUGCUAGCAUGGACCUUUGGAUUAAACAUUUCAUUACAUUUGUUCGUCCAAGUAAGGAACGACCCGUCAUCCUUCUUCUAGACAAUCACUCGUCCCACAUGUCAAUCAACGCAUUGAACACCGCUAAAGAAAACUAUGUGCAUUUUCUAUCGUUCCCGGCCCACUGCUCUCAUAGAUUGCAGCCAUUGGACGUGUCUGUUUAUGGCCCAAUGAAGAAAUACAUCAGUAGUGCUUCUGCAAGUUGGAUGUUGAACAAUCCCGGGAAAACAAUGACGAUUUACGACAUUCCUGGCAUUGUCAACAAGGCAUUUCCUCUCGCUUCCAUACCUUCAAAUAUUACAGCCGGAUUCAAGAAAGCUGGGAUUGUCCCAUUCGACCGCGAAGGAUUUCAUGCCACAGCAGAUUAUAACCCUGGAUUUGUGACUGAUAGAGCUGAUCCUGAGAACGUUGCUGUUUCACUUCAAAUGGAUUUGCCCCCUGAAAACCAACCAUUUGACUUGCCACCAUACUUUUUUGUUGAUGUGGGGCCGAUUGCGGAACCGACUGUGGAACCAACUGUAGAGUUCAAUGUAGAAGCGACUGUAGAGCCCACUGUUGAGGCAAAUAGCCAUAAGAAACGUAGUGGAAGCAGCCCAAAAACUAAUGAUUCACCUACUCCUUCUUCAAUUUCUUCCGCCAGUUCUUCUGCUUCUACAGCUUCAAUAAUUGAACAAGUACGACCUUUUCCAAAAACUGGACCUCGCACAGCUCCGAAAACAAAUAAUGGUAGAAGGAAGAGGACGUCUUCUAUACUUACGGACACUCCAAUCAAAGCUGUAAUCGAAUCUGAGAAAGCAGCUGUUAAAACCAAAGCGGCAAGAAAAAUUUUUCCAUCCAAAGAACCGACUAUAACUAAACCGAUCAAACCUAAACAAACUGGGAGAAAGAAAAAGAAGGAUGAAUCGUUCUGCCCAGAAUUUGCAGCGCGUUAUUCAACAACUAAAGAAGAUUGGAUCCGUUGUUUAAACAAUUGCGGUUUAUGGGCGUGCGAGAGCUGCGUCGACAAAAGAGGAGAAGAUGACGAAAGUUAUAUUUGCUCGAAUUGCUCUAAGACGGCUCUGUAGUAGGCUCUAUGUCGAAUGUAAGGCCAACUUGCCCCAACUCAAAGGGCAACUUGCCCCGGCAGUGGGGUAAGUUGGCCACUGAAAGUGUCGCAAUAAAACAGUUGUUUUGGUAAGAACUAUUUCUGUAUUGUUUAUUUUUUCGAUGCAACCUUUUAGGCGAGAUAUUAAUGAAUAUUAAUAAAAAUAAAAAAAAUUAAUUUCAUUAAAAAUAUGCCUGUGAGGGACCAGUGUGUGAAAAGUGAGCCAA